AUGUCUCGAUCAUGGGAACGAGUGGUGAGGACUACCGAAACGCAAAACGGAUCGGGGCAGAGGGAACGCGUCACCAGUGUGGUUGAAACAUGGCCUUCAACAGCACGUCCUGCAAGCCGUGGCUCUAUCACUCGGGAACGCCAACCGGGAGAAUCGUUUAACUUCGACCUCUACGAUAACAUCGAGGGAUUAGAAGGCGAAGACGUGAUGGAGACAGACAACAACAACGAACCAGUUCCCACUUUCGCUGGAGCAAGUACCACGCCCCAACCACCACCAUCAGGGUCGUUCGAUCCGAGCGAUGUCAUCACUUGCUAUCGUCCCGAGCCAGCAGUCUACGUUACAGAUUACGAACCUGCUAUCGACCGCACACCACCUUACGAGCGAGGCCCAUUGAAAGUCAGAAAUGCUUCUCUCAGAACACCCGAAUCGCGGAACACUAGAGCCGCUACAGGCAGUACGCCUCGUACAAACAGUAGCAUCUCCCCUUUCGCACUACCGCCCCCGAACCAAAGUCCUCCAGUAUGGUUCAAUCGUGAGUCUCGUGUCCCAACAGGAGGCGCAAGACCGCUGCCGCCACCACCUUUCUUCAUCCCAGAUCCGAGAGAUGAUGUCUUCGCACCGACUGCGGAUCAGCGCCAACCUCAGAGCUUUCCUUCGGCUUUUCCUCAAGGCGAGCCGGACGAUGAUCGAGAUCUUAGCUUUCGACGUCGUGAAGAUCGCGGCACGCCAACUAAGAAUACUUCGAGAGGGAGAGGUACACGUGCCUCUCUUGGUGGGCUUUUUGGAUUCGAUAGGGUUGAUAAAUCUAAUGAGGCUGAUAAGCAGCGUCUGAGACAAAUGCGGGCGUUUCAGAAGCCGGGGAGGGUUGUUGCAAGGGGUACGACGCCUCCUACUGGGGACCAGACUUCUCCAAGGAGGAGCCCACGGGAGAGAAAAAAGCCAGAGCGUUUCGCGGAUGCUGUGGUUGGGGGUAUCAAUAAGUUUGUUAAGAAAGUUACCAAAGGGAAAAAGAAGGAUGGGAAGAAGUAA